AUGGCCCGAUUCUCGAUUCUCGAAAUAUGUCCGGAUCUUGCCGAUAAAGGAACGAACGUCAUUCAGCAGGCAGUCACCCCGCAGCCGGUCACAAUCAAAACCGAAGUUCGAGGUUAGUUUUUGUUUUGAAUAUUACAUUAUCAUUUUUGUAAGUCUCUCUUAGUUUAUUUUUGAAAAUGGCGCGGGGUAUCCUAGGAUCACUAGACUGAUUGUGAGCUGAGCACUCUACAGAGCACGCUACAUCCAUCCAUACUUUUGUUUUGUUUUCAUACAUGCGACCUUCUGAGAGAAUAUAAUUGUAGCUGAAAACGAUAUCUUACUAAUUCAGUUAAAGAUUUUACAUUUUUGGGGUGUAUUUCAUUGUCUAUAUUUUACAAAUUGUCUGCAUUGUAUACGGGAACCCAUACUACUGCAAGAAUUAUUCUUAUGGUUAUUUGAAAACUUAGAUUUAGAGACUAAUAGGCACAAUUAAGCUAAUCUGAUAGAAGAAACUACAAGAAACGAAAAGAUUAGAAACAGUCUGAUUGCUACAGUAACCCAGCCAAGUGCAUUCUAAUCUAGUGCAUCUAGGAAGACAAUGCAGUAAUUCGAGAACAAAAACGUCCAUUGGAUCUCUAAGAUCUAGUUUUUGAUGCUGAUUUCUCGCGCUAAUUCUUCUGAAACAGCUUUCACGGCACUUGUCGCCGAUUACCAUAGUCAAAGAGAGGCCGUAACUCCUAUUAUUGUUAUUAUCUGUUAAACAUGCACCUCGCAUAUGUGCUCCAGCUUACGGUAGCCGGUGUUUGCCUGAGCCUCCAACCGCACUUGUUGUCGUCGUUGAUUGAUGUUUGCCAUCGUUCUCGUUUUUCGUAUCAAACCGCCUGAAUCCCUCCCGGCGUUUACACUAUUUCUCCUCACCUAAAAUGACAGUAGAGACGCGGCGGCCAGCUGUCAUGUUCCGGAAUUGUAAACCCCACGCUCGUCAAAACUCAUCAUCGCUUUGUUUCACCACAUGCUCUCCCCGCAACCUACCGUAAUCUUUCACGUCUUGCAGAUAUCAGUGGUCCGUGCUCAUCCAACGACACGGAGACAAUGUCGAAUGGAGAGCAGGACAACUGCGACUACCUAUUGGACGAGAGCAUCGAUGACGAGAGAUCUGAAAGCACUUCCAGCAAGGUAACCAGAAAAUUUCUGACUUGAGAGUUCAUAAAAAUAUCUUCAGGAAUCAAAGUCGCCAGUGUCCAAUGCAUCCAAUGAAAAGAAACCCGCUUCGCCAAACGACAAACCGCCAUUUUCGUACAAUGCCCUGAUCAUGAUGGCGAUCAAGAACAGUCCCGAGAAGCGUCUCACUCUCUCUGGAAUAUACGAGUACAUCGUCAGCAACUACCCGUUCUACCGGGAGAACAAGCAGGGAUGGCAGAACUCCAUCCGCCAUAACUUGUCCCUCAACAAAUGUUUCGUCAAGGUCCCCAGAAGUUUCGACGACCCUGGAAAAGGUAAUAUGACAAAAUUUGUAGCAUUUAAUUAUAAUUUAUAUUCAGGAAACUACUGGAUGCUGGAUGCGAGCUGCGAAGACGAGGUCUUCAUCGGAGGCGCCACUGGAAAGCUGCGUCGUCGUCCGUCGAGCAUGUCCCGAGCCAGAAUGGAUGCCUAUAAGCAUUACGGACCUGCUGCCGCCAACCUGUUCCCGUACUUCCCUCCUGGAAUCCCGGCACUGCCCCGCAACCCGUACAUGGGCAACCCCGCAACGGCUUUCAUGCCUCGUCAGCUUGUUCCAAUCCCCUCUCUUCCCCAAGUUUUCGGUCAGGCCGAUUUCCUUCAAAUGUAUCUUGGUCAACAAAAUGGGCUUUUCUCAAAGCUACCGUAAUCUUUUAUACCGCAUUCUUAUUAGCCAACUGUCGUAUCUUAUCACUAGUUCGGUGCAUCAUUUCUAAUUUAUUUUUUAUCGAAAUGUUUAGAUGCUUCUUGUUAGACGGGUUCUUUGUUUUGUGGGCACUUUUUGCAUCCGCCCACUUAUUCCUCAUUUUCUCUUAACACGGCUCUCAGUCCCCACGGACUGAUUGCCUCAAAAUGUGCCGUGUCUUACGAUAGCGAUCUGUGUUCAACGCUUUAUUACUUGUUUUCAUUCCGUGUCUUUAACUUGUUGUCUUGUCAUCACCUUUCAUAAUAAAUCAAUUGGACGAUUGGGUUCUCAAAACACGUCCGGUAUUCGGCAAAUCGUCGUCGGGUGCAAGUUACGCAACGCGGUCCUUUGGGUGUUGGACAUGGUAUUCGAUCCGUUGUGAUGACAGCAGGCAAAUGGGCUCUUUGACAGUUCGACGCCGACAGGUUGACUUAUCUGAUUGUGCCGUUUGACACUUGAUCGUGGAAACAGUUAGGCAAUAGAUAAUGGAUUUAAUUGGAACAUUCUGAAUUAUUUUCUUAGUGGUUUUUGUAGCUAUCUUAUCCGUCAAAGAGUGUUUAUAUUUGGCAGAAUAUCUUGUUUCCUUCCAUCUUUUCCGAAAGUUUAUAUGUGAGGACCAUCCUCGAGUUCCGCAAAAACGUCUACUAUUACCUAUAAACUAUAAACUUAUUGUAUCGGACCUUCAAAGACGUUCCGGCUGGAGGAGUCUGUCCGAUAGGCUUCAUAUUUCCAGGAAAGCCGCGUCGGAAGAACAUCAACAGAAGCAUAUCAGUUGACAACCUAUGGAUUCGGCGACCUCAAAAACUCGGGGGUCGGGGAGGCGCUGUAACAGGCGGAAGUCGAUUGACUCCUCUAAUGUGUCCAACUGCGGCUGGUGAUUGGCUGUCGGGAUGACGAUGAAGGCAGCAGGUGCUCCGUUCUGCCAGUCAAUCGCAGUGGCCCAAUAAACCUGCGGGCGGAUGAGUGGGGGAGAUACAAAUUUACAAUGAUCGAUGAGGAAAACGCAUCACCGGAGGCAUAUUUAUGAUCUUGGCACAUAUUUGUGGACCGGAAAUCCAGAGAUGGGGGUUUUGUGUAUGUUUAUCGCACCACCAUUUAUGUUUAUUUUGGAAAUUGAGACAAAUCAUCAUUCCAAUGCCUUUUGUUAUGAAAUUAUGGGGAUUAAUGAUGUGGUAGGCAAAGAACAUGAGUUUACAAUUGGUGUGACAUUCUUGGAAAUUUCUGGAUUCCAAGGAGGGCACGGUUCUUUAGGUUGUUCUCGAGUGAAUCGACAUUUGUGGAUGACCCUCGCACCGUAAGGGGCUGAGCAGAUGGAGAGUUGUGCAAUAGAACAACGUUUUCGGUUCUCAAAGCGGUUAAUCUUUUUAUUAUUAAUAUUGUUUGCAAAGACAGCUUUCGAAUACAAGAGGUUCUCGAUAAUUGCUUUCAUUUUUUUAGGUCGGUAGAUGGCGUCACCAGAAAAAUGAGCCGAAUGUCGUUUCCAGAUGUUCAGACACUCACCUGGAUUACUGUAUUGUUCCGGAACAGUCAACUCACUUUCAAAUCCCCAAUAUCUGUCACGUCUCAAUUCCAGUAAUCCUAAUCCCGCCGAGAACAAUGUGAACUGUAGCAGGAAGGACUGAAAACAGGUGUCUACUUUCCUGUAUGGUCCUUCUUGAAUGGGGCCAAGUGACACAAUCCGUCGUCUUGUGUUGUAAUAGACUCAUGAGUUGUUCUCAUUAAAAGAUUACUGCUCACCAGAUGACGGUUCUCAACUCGCACACUUUGGGGUGCUAUUAUGGUGUUUGUUACUCAAAAUUAGACAACACACGAGCAGCUUUAUCGGCUUAUACCAAUUCUCUCUUUCCAUAAUUUGCAUCUCCUUCCGAAAGAUUCACCAAAUAGAUAGACUAUGUAUGUAUAGAGGGUGUCAAUCGCAUGCAUGUUUGAGAAAAAGGUGUGAUGAAAGAAGCCGAUGUGUUUGAGUACGAGCCCAAGAAAUGAAAGAAUCGCUUACUGUAAGUAGGUGAGAACGAUUACUGUAUAAUUUUCUGGCCGACCGAUUUCGGGAAAAAGAAAGUACCACUUUAAUGACAGGUGACGUGACACGUGGGAGCUAAAUGCAAAUGACAAAGUUUUUUGAUAUCUUCAAUUUGAACUGGAAGAAAUCUACAUUAUACAACUUGUAUCUUGAAUUUUUUUCUCUUGAUGCAGCCAGGUAUUCUGUUCUGAUCAGACUCGUCAAAAAUUGUUCAUUGAAAUUGGCUAUCACAAAGCAGAAAACGUAUUUCGCAAACUCAAAAUUACAAAGGUAACGAUUUCGGAAUAAAAUUUAGCUCAAGAAUCAUGUUUUUAAAUUUUAGUACUAAAUCCCGGCCCGUGACAAUUCUGCACAACAUAUUUUACAAUUUGCUUUUCAAAGUCUUCUCUGUUCUUGACGCAAUCAGGUGUUUGUGAAUGAUCUAAUGACCUUGUCUCAAUCAUCGAAGAAAUUCAGAAGUCAACCAAUGUUUGCUCAGAUGAGCCGACAAGGGAUAUUAAUCGGACUAACUUGGUAGUCAUUGCGCAACCCGUCCGGUAUGUGUUACUGUCUGCCGCGCGCGCGUGCGGCAAGUCAAAGAGAGUUGGAGGGAGUCUAGCGGAGGAGCCCCCGACGCCGACAGUGGCGGUGUUUCUUUUCGUGAUGAGCAAGAGACGAGUUGCCGACCACCAAUCGCCACACAUUCCAUGGGCGACUUUUCUUCUGAUUGUUCAGAAUGGAUUAGACACGAUCAAUGGAGUUGCGUGGGGCUCUUCACUUUUGUCGGCUUCCUGAUUUCACACGGUUUUAAGGGUGUUGCGUGAACUUUCAACAUCUGGCCGUCUUGUUAUUUUCUGCAAAGUCUUUCAUCACAAUUACCACCUAUGCGCGUGUCGGCUCAUCCUCAAACGAUCUGUGAAAUGGUACAACGAUACCAAGGGGUGUAAUUAGGUAACACUUUAACGCCAAUAUUGUCGCGUACACAGUCCGUACACAUCUUCCCAGUGGGGUUUCUGUCUUUCGAUUUUACCGCACACAUCUGCCAGUCGAGAAAGACGUUUCCGUAUAGAUUGGAUUCAUGGGACGCAAAAAGACGGGGACGGAUCGAUGUGUUUGUUGUGUAUGAGCCAGCUGUUUUGGUUUCAACGCGUGGGCGUCGAUGAGCCAGCCCUCGGCGCCGCAGCCAUCUUCCCCCCGGCAGAGCAAUCAGUUGAAAGCGAUCGCCGCCAUGCCGUCCGACGUGGCUUUCAGAGCCCGUAACCCGGUGUGCUUGCCGAGAUCCCGAUCGGUCGAGCGAUUCGGAAGUGUUGGAACUCUCAGCAGGUAUGCUAUUUCGAGUAGUUGUCUUUUUGGUAUCUGGCAAAAUGUUCCAAAUGUACAACUGGUUGGCCAUCAGGUUUUUGAGCAGUAAACUUAUUCACAUGUUUUUCGAACACUUGUUUAGAUGCUGGUUUUGUCCUGUCCUGUUCUGUCCUGCAAACAAAACAAAGUUUUCUUCCUUUUUGAAAUUGUGCAAGACAUGUGUGUGUGUGUGCUUCAUAUUUCUUUUCUUCAAGAGUUCCCAUUUCAGAGUGACAUCUGUUCCGAAUCUCUCCGUCAACCGUGUCGGAGCCAACUACCGCUCGUCGACUCUUCACAAGUAUCGUAGAGACUAUGACUCGGUAAGAAAAAUUGUUCAUAUGCCCACCUGUUGGAACAGCUUGAAACUAGCCAUAAAACGAGUCGUAAUUCGAUCGGAGUCAUUCCCCGUUUUUCUCGAUUUCCUAGAAGAGAUAGAGAUGAUUGUUGGCAUCCUCCUUGAAAAGUGUAAUAUCCGUUGCAAUCUCUGUUUUGUUCCGUCACCGUUGCCUGGUUUUUGACGCCCUAUCAUCAAACAAUACGAAACAAAGAGAUAGAAAAUAAGAUUCUAUACUUGCAGCUCGAUGACGCAGCCAUCGAUCGCUACACCUUCUACACUCCGUUCUACUGGGAGACCUACCGUUUCGCUGCUCGUCGUCAACUCUACGUGGACCCGAUUCCACACAGCCUGGGACACGAGUAUGCUCCGUUUUGGUCGAGAUACAAGUGGUACACUGACUGGCUGAACCCAACCUACUGGAGACGUUACCGUGAUCCGAACUACGACAGACCGCUCUGGAACAACUGGAGACCAUGGCAGUAUGACACGUAAGCAAAGAGACACUUUCAGUUCUAUCAGCAGUUUUGUUUGUUCCUUCAGUAAGAACGUCAAGACCGCCAUCGACCUGUACAGAAACGGAUGCAUUGACUUCAAGACUCUGGACAAGAAGUGGAUCGAGCCGACUGCUUUGAACCGCCGUGGAAAGGACUGGGCUGAUGUCUACCUUCCAGCUGGUUUGUUCUCAUUCCAACAAACUUACUGGGGUUGUGACACGUACGUUUCAUUUUCAGCUCGCUACGGAGCUCACCGUUACUUCUACUCGUUCUCCUAA